GGAGGUGUGGGAACUUCAGCAGAAACAAAACAUCUGUGUAAGCUGCAGAGCUCCAGCUAACAGAAACAGUGUCUCCUGUGUUUAGUUGAUCCUAGCCGAGAACAGCCCAUCAGCCCCGUCUUUAUUCGGAUUUUGGGCCGUGGAAACACCCCGUGGAUCAGUCGUCUCGGGGUCACGGCUGAAGCCCUCCCCCACGCUGGCGGAUUUGGUUGAGUCCAGGCCCCAGCAGAACCAAGAUGGCUUCCUGAGUACCGACGAGCCGAAGUUCACUUUUCCACAGUAAAUGCCGCAGCUGCUGGUGCCUCUGUGCCAUGGUCGGAUCACUAUCUGCGGACGAUAAAUACUGCAGGUGACAUCAAGAAUUUAAUCAAAAGAUCUGCAUUGCUGUCCAGGUGUCUUUUUGUGCAAUGUCCAGACUAGGUGUCCUGAGGAGGGUCAGCCCCAAAACACAGAUCACCAGCACUGAUGCUUCCACUGCUGACAGGCUACUCAGAUAUCUACAGAAGGACACACUCAUAUGUUGUGAUAUCUGCUUAAGUUCCUGAAGAACAGCUCAUCAAGAAGCAGGAACCCGAGACUAAACUUUGGACCUCAGGACCCCAACCAGUUUUCAGUCAGAGACCACCUGUGUUGGUGUUCAUUUUUAUUGACCCAUCUUACAUUUGACUGUUCAGUCCCCUUACACAUACCUUCCCAUCUCCCUUUAACUAAUUUGAGGAUAUUUUUUGCACCACUGAUCUAGAAGUAGAGAAGAGGUAAUGGAUGAUGCUGGCCAUGGUAACCUAGUGUAAAUGGCUAUUCUUCAGCACAUCCCGGUGCCAGUGUCUACUGCUCGAUCUUUCUCUUCCAUUCCCCUCUCCCUUUGCACCUACUUCCCCUAUCUGCUGUCCUUCCCUAUUCAUUGCUGCUUGCUAACCAGUCCUGCCUUUACCCUCCAAACACCAUGGUGGGUUCAGGCUUGGGUGUCUGGAAGCUAAUGCGAGGUGUCCGCCAGCUAGAGCUUCAUCGCCUCAUCCUGGCACUCAUCGUCUUCUGCUUGCUGUCCAUGGCCUUUUUAGCUUACUAUGUCUCCAACAGCCCCAAAAUCAAGGAGGCCCCUCCUUUACCCUUCAGCGACUGUGGUGGAGGUGGUGGGAUUUCACUGGGAUUGAGUACUGGGGCUGCUGGAGAAGGGCCAGGUGGUCAGAGGGCACCUCUUUUUCUUCCUCCACGCCAAGGACGACUACGUCAGGUGAAGGCAAUGGAUAAUUUGAGGACAGACCCUGUGGUUCUGGUGUUUGUAGAGAGUAUCUACUCCCAGCUGGGCCAGGAGAUUGUGGCCAUAUUGGAGUCAAGUCGCUUUCACUACCGGACAGAGAUUGCUCCUGGUAAAGGUGAUGUGCCCACAUUGACAGAACAUAACCGCGGACGCUAUAGUUUGAUUAUCUACGAAAAUGUGUUGAAAUAUGUCAAUCUCGACUCGUGGAACCGUGACUUACUGGACAAGUACUGUGCUGAGUAUGGAGUAGGUGUCAUUGGCUUCUUCAAAGCUAAUGAAAACUCUCCUUUCAGCGCACAGCUCAAAGGCUUCCCUCUCUUUCUACACUCACACUUGGGACUCAGGGACUACCGCAUCAAUCCCAGUGCUCCUCUACUCUACAUAACCAAGCCCAACCAAAUGGAGCAGGGCUUCUUACCAGGGGAUGAUUGGACCAUUUUCCAGUCAAACCAUUCUACCUAUGAGCCUGUGCUUCUAGCUAGAACCAAGUCCUCUGAGACACUGGCACAUUUUGGAUCCAGCCCUUUGCGUGCCCUUCAUGCCACAGUAGUCCAAGACUUGGGGCUCCAUGAUGGGAUUCAAAGAGUUCUCUUUGGAAAUAAUCUCAACUACUGGCUUCACAAGCUGGUUUUUGUUGAUGCUAUUGCCUACUUGACAGGGAAGAGAUUAUGUUUGUCCUUGGACCGUCACAUCCUGGUAGACGUGGACGACAUAUUUGUUGGCAAGGAGGGAACCCGUAUGAAGGUGUCUGAUGUGGAGGCUUUGCUCAACACACAAAACAAGCUGCGAGCACUGGUCCCUAAUUUCACUUUCAACUUGGGAUUUUCUGGAAAGUUCUAUCACACAGGCACUGAUGAAGAGGAUCGGGGAGAUGACAUGCUGCUGCAAUACAGGAUGGACUUCUGGUGGUUUCCUCACAUGUGGAGCCACAUGCAGCCUCACCUCUUCCAUAAUGUCAGCGUCCUGGCUGAGCAGAUGAGACUCAACAAGGUCUUUGCUCAGGAGCAUGGUAUCCCAACAGAUAUGGGCUAUGCAGUAGCUCCACACCAUUCUGGGGUUUACCCAGUUCACAGCCAGCUGUAUGAAGCCUGGAAGUCUGUGUGGGGAAUCAAGGUGACCAGCACAGAGGAAUACCCUCAUCUAAGGCCAGCUCGAUACCGACGUGGCUUCAUCCACAAUGGGAUCCAGGUAUUGCCCAGGCAGACUUGUGGUCUAUUCACCCAUACAAUCUUCUAUAAUGAAUACCCAGGAGGUUCUAAAGAGCUGGACAAGAGCAUCAGAGGAGGAGAACUCUUCCUCACCGUUCUCCUAAACCCUAUUAGUAUCUUCAUGACCCAUCUGUCUAACUAUGGCAACGAUCGUCUGGGUCUGUAUACGUUUGAGUCUUUGGUGAAGUUUGUGCAGUGCUGGACCAACCUCAGACUGCAGACGCUGCCCCCAGUCCAGCUCGCUGAGAAGUACUUCCAGAUCUUUCCUGAUGAGAGAGACCCUCUCUGGCAGAACCCUUGCCAUGACAAGAGACACAAAGAUAUCUGGUCUAAAGAAAAGACCUGUGACAGGUUGCCAAAGUUUCUCAUCAUUGGACCACAAAAAACAGGUACUACAGCACUUCAUUCAUUCCUGAGCAUCCAUCCAGCAAUCACCAGCUCCUUCCCCAGCCCCACCACCUUUGAGGAGAUCCAGUUCUUCAGUGGAGCAAACUAUCACAACGGCAUUGACUGGUACAUGGACUUCUUCCCAUUCCCUUCCAAUGUCAGCACAGACUUCAUGUUUGAAAAGAGUGCCAACUACUUUGACACAGAGGUAGCUCCCAAAAGAGCUGCUGCCCUGCUCCCCAGAGCCAAGAUCCUGGCAGUGCUCAUUAACCCGUCUGAUAGGGCUUAUUCCUGGUACCAGCACCAGAGGGCUCAUCAGGACCCUGUAGCCCUCAACCAUACUUUCCAUGAAGUGGUUACAGCAGACCCCUCGGCCCCCAGGGAUCUGCUCGCCCUUCAGAGACACUGCCUUAAUCCUGGGGCAUAUGCUAUCCACCUGGACCGCUGGCUGCAACAUUACCAACCCAGCCAGCUGCACAUUGUUGAUGGGGCCCUGCUGCGGUCCAACCCAGUAGUGGUGAUGGAGGGAAUACAGAGAUUCCUCGGUGUCACCCCCAUCUUCAACUACACCCAGGCUUUAAUGUAUGACGACAGCAAAGGUUUCUGGUGUCAGCGAGUGGAGGGAGGUCGGGCCAAAUGUCUGGGAAAGAGUAAAGGCAGAAAGUACCCAGAGAUGAGUUCUGAGUCGCGUGCCUUUCUUGCAGAGUAUUACCAUGAGCACAACAUGGAUCUGCUGCGUUUGCUGAGUCGGUUGGGUCAACCUUUGCCAUCCUGGCUUCGCCAAGAACUCCAGAGCACCAGCUGGAGCUGAGGCCACGAGCUCAGACACGCUGCAGAAAAGCUUGGACUCGAGUCUGUGGUUGAGCCUACAUUUGCUCUGGAUUAGACUGGACUACCUGAUCUGGAAUCGGCAGCAGCACGCACUAUAAAAGCUACAAUGUUUGAGCAGAUGUUCAGGGUGCCUCUGUUCCACGUACAAUAUGAGAUCUUUAAUGUGUUGGUCACUGUUUGAGAACGAUUCCAGCAGACUCCCUCCUCCUGACCUUUUGCCAGCCCACCAGGCAGCUUUUAGCCUCAAUCAGUGUGGUCAGUGGGGGUCGUGCUGUGGAUCUAGAGAAGCAGGUGAACGGCAGGUCCGGGGCAUCAAGAGCCGGUAGAUGGCCUUAAUGUGAGGAGAAAAGUUCAGUGUGUGUAAAUGUGAAGUGUAUAACUGGACACGGGACUAACAUGCACAGCCAUACAGACGCACACCUCCCACACAAAGAUGAUUUUAAAGCAGUCCAUUUUUAACAGUGCUUGUAUGUGUCGGGUUUGGGGGCAGGUGAGCUACUCCAGCGGUUCAGCCUUCAUCCCCAGUCUGUUAACAGGAGUAACAGGCAGGAAUGGGAUUCGGCUGACGACGGGUCCAUGUAAAUAUCAUGUUUUUACAUUUGGGUGUGACUGACAGCCAGGUGUGGUCCAUGCUGUGCCUGCCGCCACUAUCCUGUCAGCGAGCAGUCUUAUUAGGCUUCGUUUAGCCGAAGGGAAAUCUGAUCUCUGAAUGAUGGCAGUGUUUUCCAGCCUUGCAGCUAUUUUCCAGCUUUGUUUUCAGUUCGCAGAUCAUUUUCCUACAUCCUACAUGGCAUCCGUUUUUAAGGAUGUGCCAUCCAUGUUAAUGAAAACGAAGCAAACACUACUGAGUUGAGGUGGUUUCUUGGGCCUGGAUUGUUUGAGGUGCUAUACAAUAUUGUGACUCUAAAGGGUACAACAUCUGGAGUAAAGACUACCAGUGAACCAUCGUAAUGUUCUUUCAUUUAGUCUCUGUGGACAGCAGCUGGAAACUGAGCAUGUCUCCAUCAUCCCAACCUCAGCAGACACCAGUGAAGCUGGAAUAGCCUCAGGUCUGAGCUGGGCUGUGUGAUGGAGACGGUGUGUUUCUCCUAAAGCAUUAUUCUAGAGAUUUGGGAGCCACACGUUUUAACUUUAGAAUUCAAGGCUGCUAUAAGGAUUUUCUGUCUUUCAAACUUCACUUUAAGCCUCGCGCUUUUAUUGCGUCUCCGAGCUGUCGUGACCCUGAUGACAUCACGGCCGUCUGGGCAUGUCGAGUGAACUUUUCCGACUGGAAAUAUUAUAUUUGUCAUCACUUUUUUCCAUUUUAGCAGUGAUCAGUAAGAACACUGAUCCUGACAUGAUGCGGUAGCAAGGCAGAGCUGCUGACCACUGAUUAUAAGUGUGGGUUGUGUUUGACUGUGAGACAGCAAUAAACACCUCAGUAAGAGCAGCCUUGUUAGGGAACGGGGGGCACACACACACACAAACACACACACACACAAUUGGUGACAAAUUAAAGGAAAACUGGUAGUUAAACUGUGAGGGGCAUUUUGCUGGCAUGAUUUAUCUCCGCUUGGCCCUUAAAAGGAAACGGCACUUCAAAUCGAUACCAAAAUGUUCAGAGUGACCGCCUUUAUCCUUUGAAAUGUUUCUAUCCUAACGGUCUCUUCCAGAAUGACCGUGCCCCAGCACAGAGCGUGAGGGCUCGCUGAAAUGUUUCCGUAUGGACAUAAUGUGACUCACAUGCUGUGGAUAAUUCUGUGGUCAUUACUCCACUCACAACAGCCAUAGGACAAGAACAGAGACCGAGUCGCCGAGCAGACCUAUCAAACGUUUGUCUUUUCUGUUUAGCACAGCUGUCAAAACGACCAACAUUGUAUUGUCUCUUAAUAAACACAGAGAGACUGAAAUGAUUUCAGCUGUCUUUGUUUGGCCUCAAGAAAACCCCAUCAACCUCAUCCAGACGGCACCAACUUCAGCUCCAACUGCAGAUACACACCAGAUAAAAUACUGAAAGCAGUUUCAGUUUUUCAUCUGUGUUACUUGUACAAAAGCCUGAGUGUGAGCUUUGAUAAAGACCCACUGUGAAGCUUAAUCUACAUUAGAGGAAGUGUCGAGGCAUGAGGCUUUGGUGCAGUUUCACUGUUUGCCCUGCAUCCACAUGCACUGAAAAUUGAACUGCGUUUGACUGUAGGGGGCAGUAUAAUCUCGUGUCAGCCUCUUACUUUCUAGUUUAAGUUGGUACAGUAUGUAUAAACCUGAGGUACAUUUGAACAGCGCCCCCAAAAUACCUCUGUCUCCUUUUCCUAACCACUUUUCCUGGAUGAAAAUAUGUUGAGGUGAAAGAAAGGUGUUUGUAGGGGAAUUGAUCAGGACUGAUGGCUGAUUGGUGUAUAAUUUAUAGUACCUUAAAUGUGUCCAUUAGCAGAGGUAUUUGCCUAAAGAGAUGGGUUUUAACUACAAACAUGCUCCCUGCAGUCAGUGCGUCAGUCCAGUGCUGUACAAGUGGGUCAGAACAGGUAAGAGAGAGACAGCGACGUUCACCAGGAAUGGGAGAAGUAUGGGAAAAAAAACACCACCAAACCAGGAUUUACAGGUCUGUGGUGAUUUUUUUUAAUUUUAUUUUUGUAGAUCCUAUGAGUUAUUCAACUGGCCAACGCUGUUGCCAGUCUAUGCUUGUCCCGGUGCAUUGUGUUUUUAAAUGUGGUACCAGCCAUGAAGGAAACUAAUAAAAUCUUGACACCCUCCUGGGUCCCCUCUCUUUGUCGCGGUCAGGUGUUUUAUAGGUGUGUUUGGUUUCUAUUCAUUUAGAGCUGUGAAGUGAAGGCACGGGGUGACUCAGAAAGGCAAGCAGACAUCGUGCCACACCACAAACACACAAAAACCAUCUUCCAUUGUCUAAUGAGACAAAUUGGAUCAGAUUAAAACAGCAUUCAACACUUCACAUAAUGUAGAUGUUUAAGGUUGAACUCAUUUAAAUACUUUAUAUUCUGUUCAGUCUCCAGUAAUAACUCAUAUUCUAUCAUGUUUGUAGGGGUGGUCCUGGGACUUAUCUCUGGAAAAAACAGGCUUCCUCACGUUUAAAAUGUAUUAAUAAUGAAAAACCUUAGCUGAAUGAAACACCUGAGAUUCUGAGUCGAUCGA